AUGUUACCAUACCUGCUAGUUACGAUGUUACCAUUCUUGCGUUCCUGCUUCCAACAGUUGUGCAACGUCCGAACCAAUCACGAUGACUAUCCCAGCUGGCGACAGGCGAGCCUUCCGGUUAGCAGGGGUGGUAUUGGCUUACGUCGCUCGGAGGAAUUAGCACUCCCAGCCUUUCUGGCUUCGAUUCACUCCGUUGCCGACCUGGUGUCUUUACUGCUCCCCAAUCGACCGGCCGUCGAUGUCUCUACAGCGCUGGAAAUUUGGAAAACCAAUGCCCGGUUGACAGAACUGCCUUCACCAGAAUUCCGAAAGUCACAAAAAGCAUGGGACCUCCCGUUGUGUAACGUGUCUCUCGCCACAUUGUUAGAAGUAUUCCGCGACGAUGAGGUUAACAAGGCGCGUCUACUCGCUCAGUCGAGACCGGAAGCCGGUAUUUGGCUUAAUGCAUUGCCAUCGGCCCAUAUCGGCAACCUGCUCGACGAUGACACGCUGAAAAUCUCCGUCGGGCUCAGACUCGGCGCUAAGAUCUGCGAACCGCACAACUGCGCGAAGUGUUACAAGCCUGUCGACUGCUACGCCCAUCACGGUCUUUCGUGUUCUUUUUCCGCCGGCAGGCAUCCACGGCAUGGUGCCCUUAACAGUGUCGUAUGCCGCGCAUUCGUAUCAGCCGGAAUCCCUGCAAAACUGGAGCCUCGCGGCACUUCUAACACAAGUAGCAGACGUCCAGAUGGAUGCACAACAUUUGCAUGGCAGAGGGGCAUGUGUCUAGCUUGGGAUGUUACGUGUGUUGAUACGGUUGCCGCUUCCCACGUCAAGUCUACAUCGGCAAACGCGGGAUCGGCCGCCGUUCAGGCAGAGGAAAGGAAGACCAGUUUAUACUCUUAUUUGGUCGGUCGUUACAUUUUCGCGCCCAUCGCUUUUGAGACAAUGGGCCCUUGGGGACCGUCCGCCAUUGCCAUCAUCAAAGAACUGGGAAAGCGUUUACGGACCCAUUCAGGUGAAGUCCGCUCUCACGAAUUUCUUCGGCAGCGAUUGUCUAUUGAGAUACAACGCGGCAACGCCGCCUCUGUUUUGGGCACCGCAGAGAGAGCGGAUAUGUUUACUGAGCUCUUGUUUAUUUAG